GUUAUGUCAUGCCUUAACCAGGUAAACAAUGGGUUUGUUGGCCCCCAUUUGUUAGGUUUUUUUAACAUUAAAAUACCCGCCAAGAAGUUGAUUCAACUUCCUUUUUUGAUUUCCACAGUCCAAAAGAUUCAGAAAACACAACACAAAAAAGCAAAAGUGAAAAAGAUCACAUUCCCAAAAGCAACCAAAAAGCAAAAUUCACACUUUGUUGUACUAAACCAAACAACAUGUAUAUACACUCAAGAUCCUAUUUUUAUACUCUCAAACUCGUGCAUUAUUUCUCCUUUGCAUUCCCAAAUGUUUCUUGGCUUUCCACAAAAUGGCAGAAAUUGUUCUUGCAGAACCAAUUCAAGAAAGUACUUCUUCUACUGCUGCUAGUACCAGCAGAAGAGAUUAUACCACAAGCAAUGAAAGACCCUUCACUAGAUCAAUCACUUUCGGGCGAGAUCAUGUGCCUGAGCCCUUUGACAGUGAGAAGUUGCCAGUCACUUUGAUUUCAGAGAUUCAACGAUUUCUUCGAGUAGCUAAUCUUAUUGAGUCAGAGGAGCCUCGUGUCGCUUAUCUUUGUCGUUUUCAUGCUUUUGAAGUAGCGCAUAACUUGGACAGGAAUUCGAAUGGCCGAGGAGUACGGCAGUUUAAAACUGCUCUUCUUCAACGGCUUGAACAGGAUGAAGAAGUUACUCUCAGGAAAAGGAAGGAAAGGACUGAUUUACGUGAACUUAGACGUGCUUAUCGCGAGUAUAAAGACUACAUCAUCAAAUAUGGUGCAGAGAGUCAUCUAGAAAAUAGAGAAAGGCUGACUAAAGCACGUGCCAUUGCUUCAGUGUUGUUUGAAGUAUUGGAUACAGUUUCCAGAGCAGCAGGUGUUCAGGCUCUAGCUGGGAGUGAGAGGCGCGAUGCCAAAUCUGAACUCUUUGUGUCGUAUAACAUUCUUCCUCUUGAUCAAGGAGGAAUUCAUCAUGCAAUCAUGCAACUCCCCGAGAUUAAAGUUGCGGUUGCAGCAGUUCGUGAUGUUCGUGGUUUGCCUUUCCUGGAAGAUUGUCAAAAACACAUAACCAACCUGGAUUUGUUCAAUUGGCUCCAGUUUUGCUUUGGAUUUCAAGAAGGAAAUGUAGCCAAUCAGAGAGAGCAUUUAAUUUUAUUACUUGCUAAUGCGCAUGUUCGGCAGACUCAGAAGCAAGUAUUAGUACCCAAGCUAGGGGAUGUUGCCGUUGAUGAGCUGAUGAAGAAGUUUUUUAAAAAUUAUACAGAUUGGUGCAAAUUCUUGGGACGAAAAAGCAAUAUUAGGGUUCCAUAUUUGAAACAGGAGGCUCAGCAAUACAAACUUCUGUAUAUAGGUCUCUAUCUUCUGAUAUGGGGAGAGGCUGCUAAUUUAAGAUUUAUGCCAGAAUGUCUGUGUUACAUAUUUCACCAUAUGGCAUAUGAGUUGCACAGCAUGCUAAUUGGUGCUGUAAGCAUGACAACUGGAGAAAAGCUCAUGCCAGCUUACCAGGGAAAUUCCGAAUCUUUUCUGAACAACGUAGUGUCUCCAGUGUAUGAUGUCAUAUAUAAGGAAGCAAUGAAAAGCAGAAAUGGAACAGCUGAUCACUCGACAUGGAGGAACUAUGAUGAUCUGAAUGAGUUCUUUUGGUCUCCAGAUUGUUUUCAAAUAGGUUGGCCCAUGCGCCUGGACCAUGAUUUCUUUUGUAUAGGAUCUCCAACUAAUCGCAAAGUUCGAAAAGAAAAGGCUUCUGUUGCCAACCAAGAAGGCAACAAAAAGGAUGCUAAUGAAGAUGAAGAAAUGGGGAUCCUAGUGGAUGAGGUGCAGGAACCAAAGUGGCUGGGGAAGAUGAAUUUUGUAGAAAUCCGCUCAUUUUGGCAGAUUUACAGAAGCUUUGACAGGAUGUGGAGCUUUUUUAUCCUAUCACUUCAGGCAAUGAUAAUUAUGGCAUCUCACAAUUUGGAUUCUCCUCUACAAGUCUUUGAUGCAACAGUACUCGAGGAUGUUAUGAGUAUCUUCAUCACAUCAGCGGUUCUUAAACUUGUAAAUGCUAUUCUUGAUAUCAUCUUUACAUGGAAAGCUCGAUGUACAGUGGACCCCAAUCAAACUCUGAAACAUGUGCUGAGGGUGGUUGUUGCUAUGAUGUGGACCAUCAUUCUUCCCAUAUAUUAUGCUAGUUCUCGUAGAAAAUAUACUUGUUAUUCAACGCAAAGUGGGAGUUGGCUUGGAGAGUGGUGCUAUUCUUCCUAUAUGGUAGCAGUUGCAUUCUACUUGAUGACCAAUGCAAUUGACAUGGUUCUAUUUUUUGUGCCUGUGGUUGGAAAGUAUAUCGAGACCUCCAAUUACCGGAUAUGCAUGUUCUUAUCCUGGUGGACUCAGCCUAAGCUAUAUGUUGGGCGAGGAAUGCAAGAAAGACAAGUCUCCCUUCUAAAGUAUACCAUUUUUUGGAUGUUCUUGUUAAUAAGCAAAUUCAUAUUUAGCUACGCAUUUGAG